AAAAUCAAAAAAAAAAAAAAAUGUCACAAACAGAUAAUUCAUCAUUUAAGGAGGAUAAUUUAAUCAAUCAAAUGAAUAAUUUAACAAUUCAAAAUAAAUAUGAUAAUAAUUUACAUUCUAAAACCAAUAAUAAUAAAACGGUAACACUUCAAACAAUUAUACCAGAACUUGUAGAAUGUAUAUUGAUUCAUUUACCACAUCCUUAUGAAAUUUCACUCGUUUGUAAAUUAUUUCAUGAAAUAGUUUCAAAAUCAACAAGUUUUAAAAGAAGAUGGCUUAGAUUUUGGCUUAAUCCAAAUUUACCUGAUGCAUUUUUGCCAAAAUAUUCAGAUUUAUGUCAAGCGAUUAAAACAAAAACACCAUUUUUUAUAUUAAUACAAAUUAUUGAAUUACAAAGAUUAUAUAAUAGACCACUUGCAUCAUCAUUUGGAGGAAGUGUAACAAAAUUAUUAGAUGAAGCAUAUAAUCAUGAAGAAAGAGAUAAAUUAAUACCACUUUUAAUAUCAAGAGGGUUAGAAAUUGAAAAAUAUAUUAAAGAUCAUACAUCAAAAGAUUUUCAAUUAACAGGAGGAGUAAAUUAUGAAAAAAAAUUAGAAAAAGAUUAUUUAUCAUUAUUAAUAAUAGCAACAAAAAAAUCCAAAAUAUUUAAAGAAAAACUUUUAAUAUCAAAAAAUUUUUUUUCAGAUACAGAUUUAGCAUUCGCUAUAGUAUUACAUGAAAGAUUAGAUGUAGCAACUAUAUUAUCAAUUAAUAUACAACAUACAUUAGAUAUAUUAGAAGAAAGUGUUGAUAGACAAUAUACAGCAGGAAUAGCAUGGGCAUUUAAACAAGGAAUCAAUGAAAUACAAAAAGAAAAACCAUUAUAUUUAAGAUUAUGUAUUGAUAAAGCAGAUGUUGAAUCAGCAAGACAAAUUAUAGAAAGUGGGGCCAAUAUAAAUAUAUCACCAACGACACAUACAGAAGAUUUAACAAUUUAUGGAUCAAAAAGUUUAUUAGAAUUUUGUAUUCAAUGUUAUUUCGCUAAUGGUAAUGAUAAUAAAAAAGCAAGAAAAGAGAUGAUAGAAUUAUUUUUACAAUCAGGAGCAGAUGCAAAUUCUGAUAAUGGUAGACCAUUACAAUUAUGCGUAACAAAUCAUGAUUAUGAAAUAUUAGAUUUAUUAUUAGAAUAUGGAGCAGAUGUUAAUUGUGAUGGGAAAUUUGCCAUUAAAAUAGCGACAGAUUUAGGAUAUAAAGAUAUGGCAAAAAAAUUAUAUCGUAUAUCCAAUCCAACAGGAGAAGUAGUUAAAGGUAUGGUUAGAAGAAUGAGUUUAUUAGGAAGGAGAAGAAGUAAUAGUGAAAGUGAUGCAAAUAAAUCUGAUCAAACUCAAAGAAAAAAAUCAAAGUUAAGAAACAUAAAUACUCAUAAGAAAGGAGCUUCAAGAGGAUAAAAAGUUUAAUAUAUUUAGGAUAAUAGAUAGAUAAUCAUUUAGUAAAUAAAAAUUUUUAACAAUCGGGACAAUUAGUAAGAUUAUCAUCAUAUUAUAUUUAUCAUCAUAUUAUCAUAAAU